AUGGCCGCAGUCACCAUGGACAAGAUCCAAUUCUAUCAACCUCCAAAUCCCAUGAGUGCCACCAAGUCACAAAGCCCGAACCUGCCCGCCAUCUCCACACCCUCCAAACCCCCAGCACGUAGACCCAAUCCCACCGCCGACGCUUUCACUUCCCUAUUCUGUCCCUCACAGCAGCUCAGACACCCUUUGCCCCCCCGCCUAGUCCCCUCUGCCACACCUCCCAUCUCUUCUCGCCCUGCAAGCCAACGGUCCCAGCCCGCCGAAACUCCAGUAAAUGACUUUGACAGAAUUUUGGAGGAGAUCUCGUCGGACGACGGGAGCCGACCACUUGGCGGGGACGGGAGAAAUGCCGACGAGCGCGCCACCAUCCCCUCCGGAUCGAAUCUGAGCGGUUUUGCCAGCGACCGCCUUGGCAUGCCUGUGGAGGCGGAUACGGCUGCGGAAAAUGCCACUGAAGCCGGAUAUCCUGGAGCAAACACCUCCAACCGCUCGGCAGAAGCAUGCCUCACCUCUGUAUCGGGGCCGACGCCCUUCCAAGCUUCCUCCUUUUCAGAUGACAUUACGACCCAGAUGCCGGCCACACACAGAUAUUGUACCCCGAUCAAGAAGCCCUUCCCCCUCAACGUCUCCGCCUCCAUCUCCGCCUCCAUCUCCGUUGUCGCCAUCCGCACGCCGUGGACGAACCGGCAAUCCAGCGAAGACAGCGAUGCCAAUUGGAUAGACCAUGCUGCUGAACCACCAAAGAUCAAAAGCCAACCUUACUGUUCCCAGCAGUGCUUGCUGGCCCUACGAGACGAUGGUCCGCUCGACACCUCCUGCCCGAACUGUCUAGCUCACCUUAAGCGACGGAUCAAACCAGCGGAAUUUCAUGCUCUUAUCCGAGAGCAGCUCUCCAGGGACCGUGGCCCGGAUGCCAGCUGUCGCCCUCUCUACAAGAAGGGAAGUUGUGGGGCAGCUUUUAAAAUCCAUCUUUUGUCGCAUGGCUACACUCUAUUCGCAAAGGGCGUCGAACGCAACAAUUCACAUAAACUCGAACAUGAAUAUGAAGUAUACCACAGGCUUCAUGAUAUUCAAGGCAACUACAUUCCGGUUUGCCUCGGGAUUGUUGUCCUUGACCCAAAAUACCCGUAUUACUAUGACGAGGGAGUUUAUACCCAUAUGCUCCUUUUGAGCUGGGCGGGACAGCCCAUCUCGGAAGUUUUGAAAUCAGAUAAUUCGGCAUCCGUGAUUGAGAUGACAUCACAGGCUCUUCGAGCGAUUCACCUUGCAGAUGUACUGCACUGUGAUGUCGAGCCACGAAAUAUUUUAUGGAAUAAGGACCGCAAUCGCCCUAUGCUUGUAGAUUUUGAACGAGCUAAGAUGCGAAAUGCGCUAUCUGCUAUAUCACCGAACCUCGGGCUAAAAAAAGAGAAGGCUUGGGAAGAACAGAUCUACCUUUUCUAA